CUAGACCAACCAGGCCUGCUUGACCAGGACAUCAUAACACCACUAGGGUUGGCCACCCCGCAUAACCACCUUCAAGGCCCCGCGUCUGGAGCCUAUAUAAACGCGCCGCCCUCGCCAGUGGCACGCGAGGUUAGUGGUGGCGAUCACGAUUUGACUGCCGGUCCUCUCGACCGGACAUCUUCAACAAUGAUUUUCUCCGACUUGUACAAGUCGCCGAGGUCUCCCCUCACCAAACUUCGGAAUUCGCUCCCGCAUGCUGUACCUCCUCCAACGGAUUUCGAUGCCGAUCUUGUGAGCAAGGAUAAGGGCAAGCAGAAGGAAGCUGUGAGGAGACACCUCGCUGCGAAGGUUCGAAACGACUGGGAGUUUGUGUGGCCAGUGGCGGUUCGCUCACAGCCUGCACGCACGAAGGUGUCGGAGCGCAAUGCUUCGCCUUCAAGCGCGCCUGCAGUCCCUGUUCAAGAUGGAAUGGGACAAAGAAGCGCAGAUGUAGCCGCUGCAACGGAAUUUGCAGACGGUGAGGCGACCAGAGAUCCCGGAGAGGAAGCAGAUUCCGAAUCAGAGGCCGAGUCCGUCUACAGCACUAUAUCUGAAGACCCUGCUCGCUUCCGGCCACGGGCUGAAUGGACUUCAGACCUCUCUGACGACGAGGAAGACCAAGAUCCAGUAUCCCCUUAUCGAACCGCCACCCAAGGAUCCGUCGGGAAUGCUGUCCGCACUUCUCUCGAGACCAAGCGCACACGCAGGCGUAGAGCCGUGCGGGAAGAGGCGGCAUGGAACGAGGGUUUGGCAUGUUUUGAAGCGCGCCGCAACGCCUGGACGGGUGCCAGGACCGUCCGUGUAAAACCGAAGCCGCCCACUCCGGCAUCCCCGUCUUCAACUCGCAGACUAUUCUGGCGGCAUCAUCGAACUGAGUCUUCUAGUUCCCACGACCCAAGCACUGUCUCAGGCUCACCGCCGGCCGCUACCUCGCCCCUACAGGCCACAACCACUCGCACCUCCCAGCAGACGGACACAUUAUCAGAACCCGACUCAGCCAAGAGCGCGACAGCCGUACAGAGGACGAGCUCCCGAGAUUCAACAGGCCAACCGGUGCUCUACCCGGUCAAGACCCUCAUCCCCAUCCCGCCUCCGCUCCUACCGCCUCAAAACCCAAUGCGCGCCUCGGUCACACCCUCCAUGUACGGCUCACUCUACGACAAGGUCGUCGUGCAGAGCCUGCAGCCCUCCUGUCCCGUGAACCUGGCCGACAUGCUCCGGGCCUGUGUCGUCGGCUGGAAGCGCGACGGCGAGUGGCCGCCCAAAUCCAGCUACCCCGCCACGAUACACAUAUCUUCACCCGCCGAGGUACUGGCCUCGCGCCAGCGCAAAGCCCAGCAGCAACAACAAGCGAACGCCGCGCGGAAGCAGCCACAACAACAACAACAAAGUAGCAAUCCCGUGGCGACGGCAACAACAUCAAAGAGGAUGAGUCUAGUGGGGUUACUGAGCGGGGUGGGAGGUGGAGCAGGGGGGAGUAAACCCGCUUCACAGCCCAAGGAGGACGCCGAGCAGGGGAGGGGGAAUACCACCCAGCACGGCCUGUCCCACACGCGUUCUCAUUCUCAUUCUCACUCGGACGAGGCCGGCGGCGGUGUCGGCUCCUCGAGCAAGACCUCGUUCAGACGGAGCCUGCACAAGGUGUUCUCGUUGGGUCACCAGCACAGCAACAGCAGCCAUCAUCACAAUGCUGGAGCGCCGCUGUCGCCGAGUGCUGCAGCUCCUCCUCCUUCUACCAAGGGAUGUUAG